AUGGCCCUGCUGCUCGGGUACCUUGUGGUGGAGAACCCGGCCGCGGAUGUCCACACGAACCGGGAUGACGACAACGGCGACGUAGACCUAGCGCCCAAAUCAGCUUGGAGACGAGUCGACAUUUUGGGCUCCCUCGUCCUGGUCUUUGCCGUCUCGGUCCAGCUCCUGGGCCUCAGUCUCGGCGGCAACGAGCUACCCUGGAGCAGUCCCUGGGUCGUUGCAGCCCUCGUCGUCAGCGCCACGCCCAUCAUCCGGCUGCAUCUCCUGCGCGGGUCGCUGCCGAUUCUGACUCAAACGGCCAACAUGUGCCUCGGCCUGUCGGCUUAUGCGUACCUCUUCAUGCUACCCUUGUUUUUCCAGGUCGUCCUCGAAGACUCAGCCACUACGGCCGGGGUAAGACUGGCCAUUCCCUCGCUGGCAACUCCGCUCGGCGGUCUCGUCACUGGACUGGCCAUGGCCCGGUGGGGGAAGCUGCUCUGGCUGAUGCGGCUGGGGGCGCUGGUCAUGGUGCUGGGAAACGCGCUCGUCACUUCGUUGAAGUUCAGCGACUCGAGCUGGAAGUACAUUGCGUACAUCUUCCCGGCCAACCUGGGCCAGGGCAUCGUGUUCCCCUCAUCCUGUUUACGGCUCUCGCUUCGUUUGAGCAUUCAGUUGAUUGACGAGAUCCGCCAUCCCGUAGCCGCGCUCAAGUCCCUGCUGGUGGAGGUGCGACUGGCGGCUCGCAGGGUGUACUACGACGGCAUCCGCUAUGCGUUUGCGACAUCAACCGGUAUGGCGGCCGUGGCCCUGAUGCUGGCCCUGCUGGCGAGUCCUCGAGGAUUGCGCCGGAAUAUUAAAUAG